AUGCCUGCUAUAUACGACCAGUUCUUCCUGUUUGGAGACUCCAUAACCCAAGACUCAUUCAAUCAACAGAGAGGCUUCGGCUUCUCUGCAGCGCUCCAGGCUGACUACAUAAGACGGCUCGAUGUGGUCAAUCGUGGCUUUAGCGGAUACAACACGCGCCAGGCACUCAGCGUGCUGCCUAGUAUCAUACCUUCCCCCGAGCAGGCCAAAAUCCGCUUCCUGACAAUCUUCUUCGGUGCCAAUGAUGCCUCACUCCCGGGCGCCCCCAACAAGCAGCACAUUCCUCUCGACGAGUACAAGGCCAACUUGGAGAAGAUCGUCACUCAUCCGCAGAUCGUGGCCCACAACCCUCGCAUCAUUCUCAUCGCUCCUCCGCCUAUCAACGAGCAUCUUUGGUGGCCGCGAGACCAGGAGAGCGGGUAUACUUCGGUCUCGCGGACGGCAGCCACAACCAAGGAAUACGCCGAUGCAGUUGUCGAGCUAGGUAUCAAGCUUGAUCUGCCUGUUGUCAACUUGUGGAAGGCUUUCAUGGCAAAAGCCAACUUCCAGAUAGCCGGGUGGAAAUUGGGAGACUUGCUUCCAGGAUCGCUGGAGAUAGCGCAGAACGAUGCUUUGGUCGAGUUGAUGUACGACGGCCUUCACUUUCAUCCGGCAGGGUACGAAAUUCUGUAUCAAGAGGUGACGAAGCUCAUUGCCCGACGAUGGCCAGAUCAGGUGGCGGAGAAGCUGCCAACCGUACUGCCUGGAUGGAACGACGAGGAGGCAUGGAAGACUUGGGAGGCAUCGAAGCCAUCCCCUUAG